AUGGAGAUCAGUAAUGAUAUUACAAACUCAGAAGAACUUUGGAAAAUGAAGCCUCAGGGGAACCUGGAAGAUGACAGUUACUCGGAGAAGCCUAGAAUCUUCUGUGAUGUCACCAGUGUUGUGGUGAUACCAACUGCCUGUGGAGUAUUCUUUCAUAGCCUGCUGGGUUCACAAGCAGUCAUGUUGUCCAUGCUGCUCAGCGUAUUUCAGAGGGACAAUAGAAUACAAGCAGAGACCAGAUCUACGCAGAAGAAACUUUGUAAAGCUGGAAGAAGGAGAUGGCCCUGGGGAAGACGCAGGUCUGUUGGGAAAGAAUCAUCCAAAGCCUACACCAUCAGUGAGCAGGAGCAGAGAAUGAAGAGGUUGGAGAAGCUCAAAAGGGAUCUUGAGAUGAUGAACAAGGAGAGACACGAACUCCAGGGAAUCCUGGCACAUUAUACAAACAAGGAUUUGAAUGACAGGAUCAACUUCGAGGACAUGAUGCUCGAGAUGGAACAUGACCAGGUGAUGACCAAUCUCAAGAAAAUUCCUCAGGAGAUCAGUGAGGCCUUGUACAAGUGCAAGGAGCUGACUCAAGAAAAUCAACUUUACUGCAUCAGGAACUUUCACCUCCUGACAGAGUCUCUUCAUAUGAAGAACCAAGUAAAAAUUCUGUGGAAUGAGAACAGGCAGCUGCUAAGGGAGCAGAUUGCACUAGAAGAGUGUUCUAAGGAAACAAAGAGGCUAUGUGUGGAGGCCAGCAUGAAGAUAUAUGACAAGUAUACCAAGCAGCAGCAGAAGGGUCUUCUGAGAAGGAGUCAAGGCCUUCAUUUGGUCUAG